AUGGUGAGGCAGCUUGUCUGGCAGCGAGCUACGGCCUCUCGCAGGCUGGCUCCGAAAUGUCUCUCCCCACAACAGUUGUUCACACGCCGUGGCAUGGCUACUGAGGCCGCGGCCGCACGCAUGCCCCCCUAUCCGAAGAUCGUGCGGAACCUCGAGCAGGUCCGCAAGGUGCUGGGUUCCUCGCGCGCCCUCACCUUGGCGGAGAAGAUCCUCUACGCCCAUCUGGCCAACCCGGAGGAGUCUCUGCUGACCGGCACCAACAACGGACGGGAUAUCCGGGGCCAGGCCAAUCUGAAGCUGAAGCCCGAUCGGGUGGCGAUGCAGGAUGCGUCGGCCCAGAUGGCGCUGCUGCAGUUCAUGUCGUGCGGUCUGCCCUCGACCGCCGUGCCCGCCAGUAUCCACUGCGACCACAUGAUUGUCGGUGAGCGCGGCGCGGAUACCGAUCUCCCUGCCUCGAUCGAAGGCAACCGCGAGGUGUUCGAGUUCCUGGAGAGUGCUGCCAAGCGCUACGGCAUUGAAUUCUGGCCGCCCGGCGCGGGUAUCAUCCACCAGAGCGUGCUGGAGAACUACGCCGCCCCGGGUCUGAUGAUGCUGGGUACCGACAGCCACACGCCCAAUGCGGGUGGUCUGGGCGCGAUUGCGAUCGGCGUUGGCGGUGCGGAUGCAGUUGAUGCGCUGGUGGACGCCCCCUGGGAGCUGAAGGCGCCCCGCGUCCUGGGUGUGCGCCUGGAGGGUAAGCUGAGCGGCUGGGCCUCCCCCAAGGACAUCAUCCUGCACCUGGCGGGCAAGCUGACGGUGCGCGGUGGCACCGGCUAUGUGAUCGAGUAUCACGGACCUGGCGUCGAGACGCUCAGCUGUACUGGUAUGGCCACCUGCUGCAACAUGGGUGCGGAGGUGGGCGCCACCACUUCGGUCUUCCCCUUCUCCCCCAGCAUGGUGCCGUACCUGCAGGCGACGCACCGGGGCGAUGUGGCCCAGGCGGCCGCUGAGAUUGCGGCCUCGGGCCCCAAGAACCUUCUGCGGGCUGAUGAUGGCGCCGAGUACGACCAGGUGAUCACCAUUGAUCUGUCGACGCUGGAGCCCCACAUCAACGGUCCCUUCACCCCCGAUCUGUCCGUGCCCGUGUCUGCCUUUGCCGACACCGUGCGCCAGAACAAGUGGCCCGAGACCCUGGGUGCUGGCCUGAUCGGCAGCUGCACCAACAGCUCCUACGAGGACAUGACCCGUGCCGAGGACCUGGUCAAGCAGGCCACCGCGGCCGGCCUCAAGCCCAAGGCGGAUUUCUUCAUCACUCCCGGCAGUGAGCAGAUCCGCGCCACCCUGGACCGCGACCAGACCCUGUCGAGCUUCUCCGAGGCGGGUGGCACCGUGCUGGCCAACGCCUGUGGACCCUGCAUUGGCCAGUGGAAGCGGACCGAUGGCGUCCCCAAGGGGGAGGACAAUGCCAUCUUCACCUCAUACAACCGGAACUUCCCCAGCCGCAACGACGGCAACCGUCGCACGAUGAACUUCCUCGCGUCGCCGGAGAUUGUCACCGCUCUCGCGUACUCGGGCACCACCACCUUCAACCCCAUGACCGACUCCCUGAAGACCCCCAGCGGCGAGGACUUCCAGUUCCGUCCUCCCCAGGGUUCUCACCUGCCCAGCGCCGGUUUCGCCGACGGCAACCCUGCCUUCCAGCCCAGCGCGGCCGUUCCCGACGCUGCGGUGGAGGUCAUUGUCUCCCCCACCUCCGAUCGUCUGGCACUUCUGGAGCCCUUUGCUCCCUUUCCUGCGGGCGAGCUGUCCGGAUUGAAGGUGCUGUACAAGGUCAAGGGCCAGUGCACGACCGACACCAUCUCCGCGGCCGGCCCGUGGUUGAAGUACAAGGGCCAUCUGCCCAACAUCUCGGCCAACACUCUGAUCGGCGCGGUCAACGCGGCUACGGGCGAGACCAACGUCGCGUACGACGACGCCGGCAAGCAAUACUCGAUCCCCGACCUGGCCGCCCAGUGGAAGGCCGACGGUCUCGAAUGGCUGGUGGUGGCCGAGGACAACUACGGCGAGGGGAGUGCGCGUGAGCACGCCGCUCUGCAGCCCCGGUACCUGGGCGGCCGCAUCAUCGUGGCCAAGAGCUUUGCUCGCAUCCACGAGACCAACCUCAAGAAGCAGGGUGUGGUGCCUCUGACGUUCGCCAACAAGGCCGACUACGACCGCAUCGACGCCUGCGACCAGGUCGACACCAUCGGCCUGUACGACGUGCUGCAGGCGGGUGGUCAGGGAUCGAUCCAGCUGCAGGUGACCAAGAAGAACGGCGAGAAGUUCACGAUCCCCGUGAACCACACGCUGAGCAAGGAUCAGUGCGGGUUUGUCCUGGCCGGAAGUGCCUUGAACCUGCUGGCCAAGCGGGCCCACGAGUGA